GCGGACCUCCACGUAUCACUUUCUUUUUCAACGGACGGGUCUCGAGACGAGGAGACGAGACGGCUCGAGGCUGCAUGCUCCGGUUUCAAGGAGUCCUCGUGGGGUGGGAUGUCGGUUGCUAAGGACUCCGGGCUCCGUAGCAACAGUGUGACACCAGCGAGACGACGCGUCCAGCCUGCAGCACGUUGAGAUGCCGUCUAGAAAACGAGAUAUUCAGCCAAGAUUCGGUCCAUCAAACAGAGUUUUGGAGUUGGCGCAGCACAAAACCUCAAAAUCGGUCUGGGCCACAACUCCCUGUGGGAAGCUGACGUGGGGCGACCAGGAGCCCAUGUGGCCCGUCUCCGCCUCGGCGCUCGCAGCCCGUCCGAGUGCCAGAAUCCAGAACCUGGCCUGCAGCAAAAGAGACUUCUCUGCAAGGGAGGACCACCGGAGGAAGGAGGAGGAAGCGAGCUCCUCCAGGAAGACCCCGCGUCCUUCCUCCGAGGCGUCCCGGUACGAGCGCAUUGUGCGCUUGUCGACACCCAGAAGCCGGAGCUGCAGCGCCCAAGAAGCCGGGCCUCUUCACGGGCCUCGCUGUGAUAACAACUGUCCCAUCUGGCACGUCGACCCCAGAGCGACGGCCGCCGUGGUCACGGCGCGGCUGCUGCAGCUCGCCAUCCCCAAAGCCCACCACCCGGACUUCCGGAGCAACCGAGAGAAUGUGGCGUCCGUCGUUUCCUUCGCUUCCAAGACGGCGCAGGUCUCCCAGCGUCUGGUCCGGCUGUCGCUGCCCCGGCUGAAGCGGAGCGGCGUCUGCCACGAGCUCGGACGCCCGGCGGAACCGAUCUGGACCGUUUCGAAGGCGGCGCUGAGAGCCACGGCGAGCGCUCGCCUUGAAACGUUGGCGACGCCAAAGCCUCUUUCCGAGGACUACGUCCCCUCACGGGAUCCAGAGUGGCGCCGGACCAAGGUGGUCCCCCAACGGGACCCAGAGUGGAGCCGGACCAAGGUGGUCCCCCAACGGGACCCAGGGUGGAGCCGGACCAAGGUCCCGUCCUCCUGAACUGAAUAUUAUUAUAAACUGAGUUCCCGCCCGUGUCCCUGGGUGUAGCUGCGUAGCGGCAGCUGACUCCAGCAGCGUCCAUUGAAAUCCGUCCUCACAUCUUUUAUCGUCCCGUGAGCAGCGCCGCUCCCCGCCGACAGACGCGUGUAAACAAAAGCCUGAACAACAAAAGCCUGAACCACAAAAGCAACACACUCCUCCUCUUCCUCCUCCUCCUCCUCCACCGUGUAGACCUCGGGCCUCCUCUGUGAAUCUGGACCCCGGACGCACCGAAGCACACGCGAGUCGCCUUUAACUUAGAAUAACAUGUUUAUUUUCUUGGAGACAUGGCGGCUAUAGAGCAACAACACACAAACGCCUUCUUCACAUUCCUCACGGCAAGGGAACACAGCUUCAGAUAGACAAGAGAGAACGACACGUGGAGAGGG